AUGGCAGCUGUUUUGCCCAACCCAGCCAUGCAGGACCUCAAGAUCACAUACCAAGAAUCCACUCUUGUUCUCCCUUGUCAACAAACUCACACAAAAACCACCUUCUUGUCCAACAUUGACCACUUUCUCAAUUUCAAUGUCCCAAUGACUCACUUUUUCAGGGCCAACCCGGAUUUUCCACCUGAAACCGUGGCCGCGAGACUCAAAAUGGCGGUAGAAAAGGUGCUGCUGCAUUACGAUUUCAUGGCCGGCAGACUCAAGUGGAACCACCAUUGUGGCCGGGCUGAGAUCGAGGGCAACUCUGCGGGUGUGGGCUUUGUGGUGGCUUCUUCAGAGUUGUCUGUCAAUGAUAUAGGUGAUCUGGCCUGUCCUAACAUGGGAUUCAGGCAGCUUGCUUCUCAAAAGUUGGAUGGCUUGUCCGAACAUGAUCAGCCACUCUGCACUUUUCAGGUAACCUCGUUCAAAUGCGGUGGUUUCGCCAUCGGGAUAUCGAUGAAUCACAUCCUGCUCGAUGGCGUAGCCGCAAAAAUGUUUCAAGAAAACAUAGCAUCACAAGCGUUUGAAGACCACAGACUGCUGCAGUACGUCCCGUUCCACGACCGUCGCCUCCUCGCCGCCAGAUCACCGCCGCUCGUCACUUUCCCGCACCCCGAGAUUUUUAAGCCCAUGGGCCUGGCACUCGGCCCUCUGCCUCAAGGUUCCAACCAACCACUGAGCCGAACAGUCCUCAAGAUGAACUCAAAAGACAUCGACUUUUUGAAGACCAAGGCGAAAUUCUCGUCGACAGAUGAGAAUGUAAAAAUCACGAGCUUUAAAGUUGUGGCGGCUCUCGUGUGGCGGUGCAGGGCCCUGUCGGCGUGCGAUGUUGACAAGAAUAGAGAUAGAGAUUCCACCAUUUUCACAGUCGUGGAUUUAAGGUCGAGGCUGAAGGAGAUUCAUUUGCCGGCAGAAUACUGUGGCAACGCAAUAUACGGUGGUUAUGCCUCGGCCAAAUGCAAAGAAAUCGAGGAGUGGCCGUUUUCGAAGCUGGUGGGGAUGGUGUCCGAAGGGGUUGAGAAAGUGAAUGACGAGUAUGUGAGGUCGGCUAUAGACUGGAUGGAGAUGAACAAAGGAGGAUUGCCUUUGGGGGACUGCAUAGUGAGCUCGUGGCUGAGGUUGGGCUUUAAUCGUGUGGCUUUCCCGUGGGGAAGGCCUGUGCAGUGCGUGCCGGUGGCAAACCAGUUGGAGCGGCUGUGCUGGGUAUUUCCUGAGAGUGGUGGUGAUGGGGUUAAUGUUUUGGUUCAGAGGCCAAAUGAGGAGAUGGAGAGGUUCAUAGUCCAUUUUCAAGACUUCUUUGCAGAUACAAAGUGGUAA